AUGCCCGCUGCUCAACGUGUGGCAUCGAUCAUACUUGCAAAUAUUUUGCUUGUAAUAUCCAUUGCCAUCUUUGCAGCUGGUUUCUUUCCGUACAAAGCCUUCAUUCCCGGACUUGCAACAUGGCAGCCGGAUUCCAGGCGGACGUCAUCACGACCUCCGUUUGACAAGGUGGUUUUCAUGGUCGUUGAUGCUUUGCGGAGUGACUUUGUCUAUUCCAACACGUCCAACUUUCACUUCACCCAAAGUCUGAUUCGAGAUGGAGCUGCGAUACCAUUCACAGGGCAUGCCAGUCCGCCUACCAUCACCAUGCCUCGAGUUAAGGCCAUCACAACAGGAUCGGUGCCAAGCUUUGUCGAUUUGGUGCUGAACUUCGCAGAGUCAGACACCACCUCUACGCUCGCAACUCAAGACUCGUGGCUGGCACAACUGCGCGCGAAGAAGACUGGCAAGCUUGUCAUGUACGGUGAUGAUACAUGGUUGCGACUAUUCCCGGGCUUCUUCGAUCGGGAAGAUGGCACAACGAGCUUCUUUGUCUCUGAUUUCACAGAGGUCGACAACAAUGUCACAAGAAAUGUUGGACCUGAGCUUAAGAAUUCUGACUGGUCAGUAAUGACGUUACACUACCUUGGUCUGGACCACAUUGGGCAUAAGACCGGUCCUCGUGGUCCAAAUAUGCCAGCUAAGCAAGCAGAAAUGGAUGGUAUAGUCCAAGAAAUAUACGAGGCGAUGAAGGCGGAGAAGCAUCUUAAUUCAGCGCUUCUCGUCCUCUUGGGUGAUCAUGGCAUGAAUGAGGGUGGCAACCAUGGCGCCAAUUCUGCUGGAGAAGUGUCGACUGCUCUUACCUUCAUAUCGCCCAAAUUCAAAGCCGUAGCCGGAUCUCGGGAUUGUCCUGCCACAGCGCGUGAUGACUUUCAGUUCUACCAGACGGUCGAGCAGUCGGACAUCGCCCCUAGCCUCGCCGCACUGAUGGACUUCCCAGUUCCCAAGAACAACUUAGGGGUGAUCAUCCACCGCUACUGCAGCUAUGGGAAAGGCCUGAAGACCGGUUCAAUCUUCUCUACGAAAAUGCCAGGCAAAUAUGGGACAUCGUCCGAGGAACGUUCCCUUUGGAAUCCUCUCGCGGCACAAGCACGGGCUCAGGGCACUGCCUCUACACGUAUUGAGGACGAGAAAGCCGUUCAGAACUUCUUGUAUGAAGCUCAGAGUGUUCUCAGUGGCACUGCCAGCAACUACGACACCACGAAACUGCUCGUCGGGAGUGCCCUAGCUCUGCUGAGCUUCGUGCUCGCCGGCACUACUUUCUAUCUCAGCGCAACGCCACCCUCAGCACUGACGGCUAGCAUCUUCGCGCUAUUAACAGGUCUAUACGCAGUCACAAUGUUCGCCUCCAGCUAUGUGGAAGAGGAGCACCAGUUCUGGUACUGGUAUUCUGGCUUUUACAUCCUCCUACUUUUCUUCAAAGCCAGUCGCUUCACGAACCCUCUUAGAUCUGCAUCUUCUUCAUCAAAGACACCUCUACUUCAGCCCACGCUGAAUCAGAAGUCUGCGAAAUCGAUGUCAAAACAACGACGAUCACUCUUCCCAAGCCUCGACCCGUCACCGCGAGCCCGCCUUGCACUUUUCCUGCUUCUGACCUCACUCACCAAACGCCUGCGUCAGACCGGCCAGAAGCACUCUGGAUCGCCCCACGACCUGUUGACUUCACUCCUUCAACCUAAUCCAACGCUACUCUGGAUCCUCAUCCUCGCAACUUACACUCUAUACUCUCGCCGCCUUUCCUCCCGCGCCUCCGUCCGCUGGCUGAAAUCAACGUCCCCGACAAUCGGCGCCAUUCCUGUCUUGGUCGUCAUGAGCACUCUCGUAUUCAAAGUCGCCUUUACGGCGGCUGACGCGCCAGAGUUGGUGGACGACGUCAUCGUGCUGAAGCCACUCCUGGCUUUAGUGAGAGGCUACCCUCUGGUGAAGCUUGCACGGCUCGCGUUCGUAGGCCUGGCACAGAUGCUCGGAUGUGCGAUCUGGUACGAGAAGCCAUGGGCUGGUCGAGCAGAGCUGACGGGUUUCGUCGAGGCUUUGAGUGAGAUUGGUGGACUUGCUUUGAUGAUGCAGACACGAGCUAGUUACCUGGUAGUAUACUUGGCUUGGGAGCUUGGCGUGGGAUUGCUGCUGAACAUGGAUGCACAGCAAGUUCACAGGAAGGAAGAUGUUAACACGUCAAAGCAGAACAGCGUGCAACAGUCCUCGCCGUCCUCGACCACAACUAGCCGGUCGUUGACAACGCCAGCCCCAGUCCUCGGCCCUCACGAAAUCACCGUCCUCAGUAUUCUCCUCCAACAAUCCUCCUUCUUCGCCCUCGGCGGCACAAACGCAAUCUCCACCGUCGACCUCUCCAACGCCUACAAUGCGUUGCCGGCUACAAUGUCGCCCUCGUCGGCUUACUGA